AUGAGAGCAGAUAACGAUCACGCGGUUGGAAACUCGGUAGAAAUUUGCAAAGAUGAGCUUAAGCCUCAUCAAUGCCCUGAGGAGAAGUGGGAAGACGCAGAGCUAAAGAUUGCAGAAAAUGGGAAGAUGAACAAUAACAACGUGUGUGAGUUGUUCUAUGAUACAAGAAGCGGCGACGAAUGGGAUAAAGAGAAUGAUGGAAACGCUUUGGAACGCCGUUCUUGUGGAGAUUCUAAUGACGCCGGAAAGAAACUCCGAGAUGCUAUAGGUCAUGAGGCUAACAAGAAUUCUCUUGAGAAAGUUGAUCCGGUGAUUUAUAUGGACAAGAAUGUGACGGCCUGUGACUUGCCUGAGAUUGUAGUUUGUUUCAAGGACAAUACUUACCAUGUCGUGAAAGAUAUAUGUGUCGAUGAAGGUGUGCCGGUCCAGGAAAAGUUCUUAUUCGGCGAGAAGGAUUCUGUGAAAUGUAGCUCAGACUCAAACCAGUGUGAGUCAGAGGAUUUGAUGAAAGUUGAGAAAGUAAAUGUGAAUGCUUUGGAAACUAAGUCCUUGGAAGAUGGCUCCGAGGUUUGUAAUGAUCCUAAGACAAGCCAAGAUGUGGAAGAACAUUCAAGAGAAGUCUUUUCUGAUGCUGAAGGCUCUAGCAUAUGCAAUCAAGAGCAUUUGAUUGCGAUAAGAGAAGCCAAGGAAACGCAUCCAUCUGAGAUUUCUCAUGAGAUUGAAGCUGAUGAGAAUUCCAAGGACGAAGUGGCUUCUAUAUCUUUAACUUUGGGAGAUAUUCUGUCAAGAGAAGAUGAACAGAAACCUGAAGAACAAUCUCUAACUCAGCUUCAGGAUGAGGAAAAGAGAAGCUUUGAAACCACACCUCUCGAAACAGAGCUUAAGGAAACAGAGGAGCUAGGAAAAGCAGAGCAAAAGCUUUCCUCUGUUUCUACAACACCCUCUCAAGAACCAGACAGAACUUGCAACGACCCUGAAAAGCCUGAAACGGAGAAUCAUCAACAAAACUACUUGGUGAAUGGCUCUAACGAAGAGGACGACAAACGUCCCUCAAGCAGUUUUGGAGAAACGAGUUUCUCUGCAGCAGAUGCAGUUUCAAUUUCGGGACAUAUAACGUACUCGGGACCAAUUGCAUUCUCUGGAAGCCUCUCUGUUCGUUCUGAUGCAAGCACAACGAGUGGAAGAUCCUUCGCUUUCCCAAUAUUGCAGUCGGAAUGGAACAGUAGUCCUGUGAGAAUGAAGAAAGCUGGUAAGAGAAGACAAAAAGGAUGGAAACAAUCUCUUCUCUGCUGUAGAUUCUCUUGA